GCUACAUGUUACCCAAUCGAUUUAAAAGCGGAUAAAGCAAACAGGGCUGACUAAAGUGUUGGCAUAAAUGAACGAUUACGGGCUGAUAAGGAAUAGCCCUUGAAUGCCUGAUUGUAAUAUAUUGGCCCGGUGAUGGCUUAAACCCGGUGACACAUGAGCUUGAAAUUUCGGUGGAAAAGAAAGUGAUUUUAGGGCUCGUAUCUGCGAUUAAAAACAACUUUGUUUUUAAAACACUUGUUUACGACUAUGGACGUUUAAAAUUAACGAUUUUUUUUAAAUAUUUAACACACGUUUCAGUUCCACUAUGAGGAUAUUUUUCUUCGUUAUUUUGGAAUUUUCACUGCUGACAGGCUCAGAGAGUGCGGUGCCAUUAUUCAACUUUCCAAGCAGCACGGUGACAGUAUAUGAGGAUAUAGCAGUAGGUUCCGUUGUGACCAGGUUUUCUGCCACUGAUGAAGACAGUAAUGACCAUCUUGUUUUCCAACUAGCCAACUCUUAUACUCUGGAACAUUUCAACAUCUCCAUUACGCAUGGCGAGGGAACGAACAAUGUUACUGCUGAAGUUCUUACAAAAGCGAAACUGGAUUGUGACCCGCCCAACAAGAUUACCGAACAAGUGAAACUACGCGUAUUGGACAACACUGGAAAUACAAUUGUACAAGGAUUUACACUUUACCUGACUGACGUGAACGACAACGAGCCAGUGUUCCAAGAACCGCCGUAUACUUGGUUCAUAGAUGAGUAUGUCAAUGGAUCGAGUAAUCAAGAGUUUAAAUUUGCCGUGAAGGACAACGACUAUCAACCAUUUGAGAAUGGAGUGCAAUCUAUUCGCUGUGGAAUACAGCCCAACACACAGUCGAACUCAGUUAGCAUUGAGUAUAUGGAGACGUUCGGUAUUAAACCUCUACCGGAGUAUGAUAUUAAAACACAUUCCGCACUUUGUACGGUGUCAGUGAAAGAACCUGCACGGCUUGAUUUUGAAACAAAUACUUACUAUUCGUUCAAGCUUAAUGCUACCGAUCGAAAUGGCAACGGAAGCACCUCUAUAACGGAUCUGGUCAUCCGCAUCCGUGAUAUUCAGGACACACCGCCAUUCUUCACCAGUCUCUCCUAUAGAAAGACCAUCCAAGAAAACGUUGAACCGAAUACUGUUGUCGAGAUCGUAACCGCCAUAGAUGGUGACAGAGGAAUUCCAAAUGCUGUGAAUUACACCUUACAAGAUGGUCCAUGCUCCAGUUUGUUUCAAAUAUCUGACACCGGAAAUAUAACUACUAGGGAAAAAAUAGACAGAGACGAAGGGGAAGUAGCUACCGAAGAUGGAACAUGUGUUCUUAAAGUCAUGGCUGUAGAGAUUGACAAAAACAUCUCAGCGCAAUUUGGCAAUACGAAUUCAUCAGUUGACGUCACAAUUAGUAUAUCCGAUGUGAAUGACAACAUUCCGAAGUUUUCGAAAGAGGUUUAUCAUGCGUCUAUUGAUGAAAACAUGCCCCAAAAUGUACCUAUAACGAUGAUGCCAAUUGAUGACGAAAUCCUAGUUACGGACUUGGACCAGGGUGAUAACUCGCUUAUGCAAUUUUCACUUUUUUACGAAAACGAUACCGAGAGUUUUGAUUUUAGCGUAACUCCAAACAAUAUUCAAAGAAAUGGAACUAUUUUCGUCCGGGUCAACAAUUCUGCAUUCCUAGACUACGAAGAACGACAUAGUGUUAUUAUAAAGGUAAAGGCAACUGAGACUGCAAACUCGAGUCACACUAGCACUACCUUGCUGAACAUCACCAUUAACGAUAUGAACGACAACAAUCCGCAGUUCCUAAACUCGUCGUAUGACUUUGCUAUUCAAGAGAAUCCUGAAAAUGGAUCCGAAGUGGGAAACGUAACGGCAACAGACAAGGAUUCCGAGAAAUUUAACAUAAUCAAAUACACCUUGGCAGGAGGGGACAAUCGAUUUUCCAUAGAUGAAACUACAGGUGUUUUGAAGACAUUUUGUCGGACCAAUUGUAAUAUAGAAUUCGACCGUGAACGAAUUGACACGUUUUACUUAACUGUUACUGCAUCUGAUAAUGGCGGAAGAAUUAACUCGACGUCUGUGAAAGUUACAUUGACAGACGACAAUGAUAACGCGCCAAAAUUUCUACGCAACUACAUUGUUUAUCUGAAAGAGAAUGACAACAGUCACACAAGAUAUAAUGGAACUUCUCUGGUCACGGUUGAGGCAGAGGAUGCCGACGAAAAGGGAAACAACAAUUCGAAAAUUGGUUAUCAUAUUGUGGAAAAGUAUGACCUCACAAACUUGAAUAUCAGUAUUAACGAAACCUCUGGAGCAAUUUAUUUAAACGACCCGAUCGACUAUGAAAUGAUUGAAAAUGACGACGGGAUUGUCACCAUUGUGGUUGAAGCAUGGGAUGGUGGAAACCAAAGUGGUCGUGUAAAUGUAACCAUAUAUGUCGAGGACGAAAAUGACAACAAGCCUAAAUUUAAUGAUACCAUGAUCAGUGGCAUCGUUGACGAGGAUGCAGAAUCGAACAUCACAUACAGGAUGCAUGUUGGAUACGUAUUUGCGAAAGAUGAAGAUGGCACGGAUAGAAAUAGUCGAAUUCAGUAUUUCAUAUAUUCUGGCGCUAUGGAUGACUUCGUUGUGAAUACGACUACAGGAGAAGUCACUGUACAAAUUGGAACAAAGUUACUGGACAGAGAAACAAUGCCACAAUAUAACAUCACCAUCAUAGCAAUUGAUACCGGCUCUCCUCCGUUAACUGGUACCACGGUAUUUAACGUAACGGUCGAUGACGUCAACGAUGAGAAACCGAAAUUCAGGAAUAACAGCUACGAUGUAUCCAUCUUAGAAAAUAAGACCUACAUGACUUUUUUCAUCACAUGCGAAGCAGUUGACCUAGAUGAUGACCACUCUCUUAACUACUCUAUUAUUGAAAUCAGAGGUGUCAAUGAAAAUGGGCAAAAUGUUGAAAAAAAAUUAAUCGAGGAUUACUUUGCAAUACACUCCAAAAACGGAUCUGUUUACGUCAAAAGCGAAGACUCUUUACCAGACAGAGAAGUUGCAGGAGUUAUAGAACUGACAAUUCAAGUGCAGGACGUGAAUGCUGUCCAUAACUUACCUCAGACUGCCACAGCGCUUUUAAGGAUUACAUUGAAAGACGUCAACGAUAACGAUCCGGAAUUUUCAACAGAAAACGAAUAUAAUGUUAGCAUUCCUGAAAAUGCUGCAAAUAUGACCAUCUUGACAACCAUUCGUGCUACGGAUAGAGACUUGAACCGGUCAAUGUCAUACACAAUUUUGAAUGACAUGAUGCCAGGAGCUGCGUUUUACAUCAACGAUAAUGGUGAAAUAAGAAAAAUACACGAACUUGAUAGAGAACAAAACGAGAAUGUUACUUUACAAGUACAAGCAACAGAUGAUGGCAUCCCCCCAAGAAGUUCAACUGCUGGUAUACAUGUCACAAUAACUGACUUUAACGACAACCCUCCUGUGUUUAAAAAGGAAAAAUACGCCACGUCUAUUGACGAGAAUGAAUUCGAAGGAACUAUAGUCAUUACUAUGAAUGCUACUGAUGAGGACGCGGGACCAAAUGCAAAUAUUACUUACAGUAUCUCAAGUGGUGCCGAUGGUGACUUUGAUAUCAAUUCCACAACUGGUGAAAUAUUCGUAGUCAAUAAUUCAAGCUUGGAUCGGGAAAAGAAGGAGCAAUACGUUUUAGAUGUUGAAGCACAAGACAAUCCAGAACGAAAUGAUGAUAGGAAGUUUGCUACACAAAAAGUCACAAUAACUAUCAAUGAUUUGAAUGACAAUGCUCCAACUUUCACGAGGUCGAUUUUCAAUGGCACUAUUCGCGAAGACGCGGACUCGGGGACCAAUGUUUUAACUAUAAUUGCUGAUGAUGAUGAUAAGCCUAGGACCAACAAUUCACAAAUAUAUUACUCAUUCGGAAAUGAUACGGAGCCGGCUGGACUGUUUAAGAUUGGAAGUGACAGUGGAGUCGUAUCUGUAAAUACGUCUUUAAAGGGAUAUGCUGGUGAACACUAUUUGCUAGUUACUGCCAGUGACUUUGGCGAGCCUUCUCUUCAAAAUUCCACAACUGUUGUUAUAAACGUGCGGGAUGUAAACUUGAACCGGCCAAUCAUAUCAAAUAUUCCAGAGAAUAACACAGUUAAAAUAUAUGAGUGUAGCAAAGUGGGAUAUGAGGUCUACAAAUUCAAUUACACAGAUGCCGACAAAGGUCAGAAUGCAAAUGCAACAUUUAACAUUACAGAAGAAAACGAAGGUACAACUUUGCAGACGUUUCAAAUGCGCCCAAAUGGAUCGCUGAUAUUGAGUCAAAGUAUUGCAGACAAACAUAUUACUCAAUAUACAUUUUUUGUUCAAGCAACCGACAACGGUUCACCAGUGCUUUCUUCUGAUAUGCAUAAAAUAACGAUUUAUGUCAUGGACGUGAACAACAACAUGCCUUAUUUCACGAAAAAUACAACUACCUUAAGUGUUAAUGAGAAUAGCCCGGCUGGCACUGUUGUAGGUACAGUGACCGCGAUUGAUGAUGACCGCGACUCCAUGCCUUGCUAUGAAAUUAAAGAAAGUGAAAUGGAAAAUUAUUUCAAAAUCGGACGUAUAAAUGGAACCAUUGUUACAAAUACAACAAUUGAUGCAGAAACGAAUAAAACCCUCACCGUUAAAGUCACUGUUCAAGAUUGUUCUACUGCACUUAAUGCUAGCACCGCUUGUGGAGACGAUGCAGAUAUAAAUUCGUCUAUAAGACCAGACCAGAUUGUUCAAAUAAAUAUCAAUGACGAAAACGACAACCCACCAAUAUUUCCUAAUAAGAAAAUAACUGUUGGCAUGAGAAGAAUAACAGAGGUCGGCACGCCGCUCGCACUGUCCCUUAAGACGGACAAUUAUGUUACAGACAAAGACUACUCCGAAAUAAAUGCUGUUAAUGCAUGGAUAUUUAAAACGGGAGGUACUAUGACUGUUAGUAAUUCGUUAACAGGCAAGGUUAAUCCGUUAAGUGGGACAAACAAAUGCGAAGAUGGUAAAAACCAUGUAUUUUGCGUCAGUAGUAACGGUUCUGUUGUGAACAACAAGUACUUCAGUGAGGACAUGUCGGGAUACUUUAUCCUGCCCGUCGUUGUUUCCGACAAGGCUGGAAACGAUACUGCUGAAAUUAUGAUAUACUUGAUAGGCGAUUCACAGAUUAUGAAAAUGGUCGUGUUCGGAAGCAAAGAGGAAGUGGCUUUAAAGAAGAAUGAUAUUUUGAGUCUGUACAGCAACAUAACAAGACACAGCUUUAUUUACGAUUGGCUGGAGGACCAUAAGAACGGUGAUCGAGUUGACCCUUACAAGACUGACCUGUUUUUCCAUGUGGUUAAUCCAAUAACGCAAAGCAUUCUAUCAGCCGAUGAUGCCCUUCGUUUAGUAGACAGUAAUUCGUAUGCAUUGCUACAAGCACAAUCCCAGUACGACAUUUAUGAGGUUACUAAAUGGGAAGGUAACACAGUAGAUGAAGUCAACUCUAUCAAGACCAUCUACAUUCUUGUUGCAAUAAUUGUCGUUCUUGCUUUGACAGUAGCCAUUAUUAUUUACGUAUCCAUGGUGACUAGGAAUAGAUACAAACGAAAGCUACAAGCGGUGACAGUGAAACCUCAUGAUCAAAAAGAUGGGCUCGUAAAUACAGGAUUUAUACCAGGAAGCAACCACUACUCAAAGCAGUCAAACCCAUUGUUGAAUGCUGAAAUACCCGACAAGGUUCAGUAUGACAAUAUUAGCAUAGGAAGUCAAAACUCGAUCGAUUCAAAUGCGGUUGGUGAGCGAGGUGACGGCCCUAUCUAUGACAAAAUGGAGGAGAAAGGAAUGACGCUUGACAUGUUCAACGAAGACAAGCAAGUGUUUGAAACGAAUGAACACUACCUGGAAGCAGCCCUUAGGCUACACGACCUGCAUAACAUGAAAGACAAGCCAGACAACACAAGCACCGAAGGCAUUUUUUCUCCGGCUGAUGUCGAGAAAUUUGAAUUUGAAAACAAUGCAAAUCUUGAGGGUUUGGAGUCCUCGGAAAUAUAAAAUGUUUUUUGUGACACUUUAUUUAUCGUGGAUGUAUUCAGAUAUAUCCAAAUCUAUUUGACCAUUCGAUGGAUUAUACUGGGGGUUUUUGAAAAGGAAUGUAGAAAUGUGAAAAUGAAUUUUAAAAAAUACUGGACUAGAUAAUAUCUAACGAGAAAGAUAGCGAAUAUUGUAACCCUUUGUCCUAUAUAAGUCGCCAACUUUCAGUUUUCUUGUUUUACCGUUCUUGACAAAAUAUAAACCAUAAUUCAGCUGUACGUGUGUUUGAAAUUACAAAAAUGUAGAAUAAAUAUAUAGAACUUUUUAAA